GAGAGAGAGAGGUGUCUGUGACCAGGGAGAGAGAGAGGUGUCUGUAACCACGGGGAACGUGACAGGAGCUUGUGUGUGGUCUGAGGAGUCAGCGCCGGUCUGAGAGGGGCUGGUCUGUAGUGAGGAGACUCCUUCCUCUGGCUCUGCUCUCUAUUAUAGAGCAUUACCCAAUACAGAAACGUCUCUCUGUUAUAGAGGAUUACCCAUUAGAGAAACGUCUCUAUUAUAGAGGAUUACCCGUUAGAGAAACGUCUCUAUUAUAGAGGAUUACCCGUUAGAGAAACGUCUCUGUUAUAGAGGAUUACCCGUUAGAGAAACGUCUCUCUGUUAUAGAGGAUUACCCGUUAGAGAAACGUCUCUGUUAUAGAGGAUUACCCAUUAGAGAAACGUCUCUGUUAUAGAGGAUUACCCGUUAGAGAAACGUCUCUGUUAUAGAGGAUUACCCGUUAGAGAAACGUCUCUGUUAUAGAGGAUUACCCGUUAGAGAAACGUCUCUCUGUUAUAGAACAGUCUGUCCAGAGACUGAAAAUUGACCGUACAGAGACAGAAGGAGAACUUUGAACACAGAAGAGAUUGAGAUACAGCAUCGAACCAGAGGAUGCAGAGUAUGCUUGCUGCAAGUGUUGGAAUGAUGCUGGUGUUGGUGAAGUUGAACUUGGGAAUGCCAAAAAAGGUUCAAGAUGAUCCCAGCUCUCUCAGGGUGAUCAACCAGGAGAAGUGGGAGAGGGAUGUGCGUUCGGCCUCCAGUCUGGACGAGCUGCUCAUGCUGACAGACUUCCCUGACUGGAAGCUGUGGAAGUGUCGUCUAAAACUCAAACACCUGGAAACGUCUCCCUCAUCCUCUUCCUCUCAGCCGCCCAACCACCGUUCCUCCUCCUCCUCUGCUGGAUCUGGGUCACACCGCUCCACGCGCUACGCUGUAGCAUCCUACAGCCUGGAGAUACUCAAAGCUAUAGACGAUGAGUGGCAGAAGACCCAGUGCAUGCCCAGAGAGACGUGUGUAGACGUGGCAAAGGAACUGGGCACCACGACCUCCAUGUUCUUCAAGCCCCCCUGCGUGUCAGUCUUCAGGUGUAACGGAUGCUGCAACAAAGAGGGUGUCUCGUGCAGAAACACAAGUACUGCCUAUGUUAAUAAAACACUGCUGAGUGUGAUACCAUUCAAAUACGGACCUGAGCCGGUGUUGAUAAAGGUAGCCAAUCACACAGAGUGUAAGUGUAUGGAACCACCCCUGAUCCGACGGCAAGCCCAUAUACGCUCUCACAGGAGGAACGGGUGCUCUCCGAUGCGUCAGCUCUCUAAAUCGGAGGACUCCAGGCGCCUGUGUGCCAGUGGGUUGAUCUGGGACUGCAUGGCCGACCGCUGUGUGUCCUACCCCUCCACUAAACAACCAGACUUCUCACCCAAUAUGAGAACGGUGGACUGUGACAUAGAUGUUGACAGGUGUGACUGUGUCCCAGACCGCACUAUCCUGUCCCCACAGCCCACCCUAACCCAGGACCCAGACCAUACUACCCUGCAUGUCACCUGAACCAUACUGCCUGUGCUAACAACAAACAGCACUUCAACCAU